UACUCGUAUUAAUAUAGGCUAUUUUUUAACUAACAGAUAUGGGGCUGCUUCCCGGAUACUGUUAUGUUCAAAGUACGACCAUAAUACAUCCCCACAAACCAUAGUCACUUUAUAAAACAACGUUCAAUCUCUCGUCAAAUUAUUCCGCACGUAUCUACUUGAACCCUGGACACAAUUAAUGUUGCAGGUCGGCAGGUACCUGCCCCGGCCGUGGACAGCCAGUUCAUGGAGGCUGCAGCACGGCGGCGUGUCGGCGACGGCGGAAAGCGAGCGGGCCGCCGCGUCUGGAAUUUCUCACCCUCCGCUGCAGAUCUUCUCAGAGGAAGAGAUCAUGAUGAAGGAAGCAGUGAAAAAGUUUGCACAAGAACGAAUUGCCCCACUUGUGUCAAAGAUGGAUGAGAAGUCAGCCAUGGAUGAAACUAUGAUAAAGGAGCUAUUUGAACAAGGGUUAAUGGGCGUCGAGAUUGACCCUCAGUAUGGAGGUACUGGCUCCUCAUUCUUCUCCUCCAUCCUGGUCAUUGAGGAGCUGGCGAAGGUAGACCCAUCCGUGGCGGUGCUGUGUGACAUCCAGAACACGCUUAUCAACACCCUGCUGGUCAAAAUCGGCACGGAGGCCCAGAAGCAGCGCUACCUCUCACGGCUCUCCACAGACAUGGUGGGGAGCUUCUGCCUGUCAGAGGCGGAGGCUGGGAGCGAUGCAUUCUCCCUGAAGACUCGCGCGGAAAAGCAGAAGGACUACUACGUCAUCAACGGCUCCAAGAUGUGGAUCAGCAACGCGGAGCACGCGGGAGUGUUCUUGGUGAUGGCCAACGCAGAGCCCUCAGCCGGUUACCGGGGUAUCACCUGCUUUAUAGUGGACAGGGACACAGAGGGGCUGUACAUCGGGAAGAAGGAGAACAAGCUGGGCCUGCGUGCCUCCUCCACCUGUCCGCUUACCUUCGACAACGUCAAGGUCCCAGAGAACAGCGUGCUGGGGAAGGUGGGCCAGGGCUACAAGUACGCCAUCGGGAUGCUGAACGAGGGCCGGAUCGGCAUUGCCGCUCAGAUGCUGGGCCUGGCUCAAGGCUGCUUCGACCACACCGUCCCCUACACCCGCCAGCGCGUUCAGUUUGGCAAGAGAAUCUUUGACUUCCAGGGCAUGCAGCACCAGAUCGCCCAUGUGGCCACACAGCUGGAGGCUGCGCGGUUGCUGACCUACAACGCGGCGCGGCUAAAGGAGGCCGGGAGGAACUUCGUCAAGGAAGCCUGCAUGGCCAAGUACUUCGCCGCAGAGGUUGCGACUCUGACGACGUCGAAGUGCAUCGAGUGGAUGGGUGGGGUGGGGUUCACCAAAGACUACCCCAUUGAGAAGUUUUACAGGGACUGCAAGAUCGGCACUAUUUAUGAAGGCACAACCAACAUUCAGUUGACAACAAUGGCCAAGUUUAUCGAUCAGGAGUACAACGAUUAAACUGCUGUCACACGCUGCCCCGUUUUACAGAGACUGUUCUGUCUGCCAGUCUGGUUCUAAAUGUGACAUAAUCAUCUUGAUCUUACAAUAGAGUAGCGCUGAUGUAACAUUUCUGUACUGCAGGCUCCAUUAAGAAUAUUGUUUGACAAACUCUUCUGUAAUGUAGCAUUGAGCUUCUGUCUGGUCUCCCAGUUCACCAAUGUGUCUAGAUCGUGCCGUAACUUACAUUUUACAGGGUCUUGAGGACAUCGCACACCCUGUUCAGCUGGCUACGUUGUCUGUAACUGCACUUACAAAGGUACAAAUGUUUAGCCGAGACAGUGUUACGCUCCCAAUAGCAGAAGCGGCAGCUUCCAUCGGCUGUUUCUGCAGCCAUCCAGAGCCCAAACCAUGUUCCUGUGAUCUGUGCUGUUGGGGGGGGGGGGGGGGGCUUUGUAUCAGCUGGUGACCAGGCGACCGCGGAUUCAGGUCGUCGUACCUUUUGGCAGGACAGGUGCCCUAACGUGCUAAGGUGAGAUGUCAGAUGGUAUAAAUGUGUAAAACGGUAUGUUGCACUAAUCAACUUUAAAUAUAGUUAUAUUUAAGAUAAUAUGGUGCCUCAGGGGUAGAUGGACAUAAAAUUAAUAAUGUGGCGUUCCUGAGUUUGUUUCAGCAAUCUUCUCCUUGAGAUCUCACUGCAGACCUUCUGGUGAAUUCUUUCAUGUUUCUUCCCCUCUGGAGUUGCUUUAUUCACUGGGAGCAUAUAUGUAUUGAUUUAUCCAAAGCAAAUUACAGUGGAGAGAGUGGUUAUAAUUAAUGGGUACUCUGUGGGAUUUGAACCCACAACCUCCGCACAAUACGCUAUUACAGAAUGAGCUACAGAAGCUGGGAGCCUUACCAUUGAGAUUAAUCCUGGUUCUAGUGUGGCUUUCAAUCUUUACCUUCCAGCUGCCAUUCUCGUACUUUCUGAAGAACGUGUGUCUUGCCAUCUGUGUGAAGCGGUAUGUCACGUGUAUUUAGGGUCCCGUCCCACCUUAGUUGAUUUAAACAAGGUAGCAGCUGAUGUUCAUUUGCACAGAGCUGUGGUCAUUUUUGCUGUUUACUGGUGUGAUAAGCAUUUCUCUUAAUGACAUUGUUUCUGGUUGUUACUGAAAUCAUUUUUGGUAACUAAAUUAUUUUUAGAAGUGUGUCCAUUUUAAUAAAAUUCAAUAUUUGCCAAACUGAAUAGGACAUUGAACCUACAAA